UUACAGCUGCCGGAGUCUCACAUUUAAUAGGACCGUCAAAGUUUAAAGAGUGACAUUUCGCCCAGCGGUUAGUAUCUCACAAAGGCACAUCAAUGGAUAUUUUUCCUUUACUUUGUACGGUUGUGGUGGUUUUUACAGGUUUGACCAAAGGAGCUGGUGUGCUUCCAGGUCCUCUGAACGCAGCUGUGGGAGCGACAGUGAUGUUCAGCACAACUCUGACUCCACCAGGAACACCAUUUCUAACAGUGAGGUGGAGAUUUGGUGAGAAGGUAAUACUUGAUUACAAUGCCACUAGCAACAUUCCUCAUCCGGAGUACGAGGGCAGGAUCACUUUCUUCAUAUCUACUGGAUCUCUGGAGCUCAGGAACGUGACUUCUAACGACAGUGGACAGUACAUCGUUAUCAUCAUUACAGGUGCAGGACAAAUACAGGAUGGGAACACAGAACUGGGCGUACAUGUUCCAGUUUCUGAUGUCACGGCAACAGCCAGCAGCAGGGACUUGCAGGAGGACACCUCUGUCCGUCUGUCCUGCUCCUCCUAUGGAUCCUCUCUGUCUUUCUUCUGGCUCAACGGCAGCUCUCAGCUUACAGCCGGCGACAGAGUUCAGCUCAGUGACGGAGGCGCAAAUGUCACAAUUAAUGUGACGCGCUACGACCAGGGAACAUUCAGGUGUUGUGUGUUCAACCUUGUCAGUGAAGCCACGAGUGAUCCAAUAAGCCUCUCCAUCAGCUUUGGUCCAGAAAAUAUUAAUUUGACAAUAUCUCCGUCACUUGAGCACUAUGAUGAAGGAUCAGAAAUCAGGCUGACGUGCUCAUCUGAGUCCAGACCUGCUGCCCAAUUUAUGUGGUUUCUAAAUGGGACCAUGCUAACUUCUACUGAACCAGAGCUCAGUCUGGUGAAUGUUCAGAAGAACCAGAGUGGAAACUACUGCUGUCAAGCCUCGAACAACAAAACUCUGAGAUCGAUACAAUCUCAGCCUGCAGCCGUCUCUGUACUGAAGAGAAUAUCAGGUGCUUCUGUCACAUCGCAAACAAACCUGUCGAUUGAGGGGAACUCUUUCAACUUGUCAUGUGACGCUGGUGGCUCGAUGAUCUCCAGAGAGUGGAAGAAGGACGGCGUGAAGCUGACUCCAGAUGACCACCUGUCACUUCAGGAGAACAACAGAGUGCUGACUUUCAACAGUCUCAGGAGAAACGACACCGGAGUUUAUUUGUGUAACGUCACCAACCCUGUGAGCCAAGAAGGAGCUGAAUACAAGAUGGUUGUUUACUAUGGACCAGAAAAUGUUCAAAUCAAAGGUCCAAGUGAUAUUGAUUUGAAAACGACGUUAACAUUAACUUGCUCUGCUGAGUCCGUACCUGCUAGUUACACCUGGAUGCUGAACUCGACAAAGAUACACAAUUCUGCCGUUUACACUAAAGACAACACUGAACCUUCUGAUGGCGGCAACUACACCUGUGAAGUGAUGAAUAAUGUGACUGGGAGAACAUCGACAGCACUCCAUAGAUUGUCUGUAACAGUUCACCCUCCAGGCACAUCAUCACCAUGUUCGGCUGGUUGCAUCGCUGGAAUAGUCAUCGCAGUUUUAGUCGUCUUAGGAGCAGUUUGCGGAGCGAGCUUCUUAUAUUACAAAAAAAAACCAGCAAACAAACACUCCAUCAGAAGCCCAACCGCUCCAACAGGUAUGAGAGUAUAUGAACUUUAUAACAGUAUCUACUGGCUUCAUUAA